UUGUAUAACAUCUUUGUGGUACGUUAUUUAUCGUAUAUCCUCAGGAUAUGCUCAGUAUAUAUUGAAUCGAUGAAUAUAUAUUGAAACCAAGUUUCAAAGACUGAAAUGUACUGCAGAACAUAUUCGGAAUAUAGAAAUUGAACUCUAGUGGCCACGUCUUAGAACAUAUACUAGUAUAUGUUCUAAGGGCCACGUACGCCAUACUGGAUACGUAAUUUUCGGUGUUAUGUGAUGACAGGCCUCUUGCUUCUUGACGACGUAUGGGUCCUCGCUUGCGGACAUGAAUUUAAUCCGAGGUAAUCUUUAAUGCUUUUUGUAUAUUAAUUAUAAAAAUCAAGAAAUACAUUUCCUGAAGAUAUUUGUAUUUAUAAAGAGAUAUUUUGCGACGCAUUCACAAAUCAAGAGAAUUUUAGUCUACGUAAGGAUUGGUUAAGCGAAGCACUGUUUCUCAAUUCAGAUCAAACAACUGCGUCGUGUUACAUGCAAAGAUUUAAAGUCUUCAUGUAUACAAUUAAUGAGGAACAUAUUUUCAAACGCUGUGGCAGUUCAGUACAGCUGGUAUGGAGCAAAGAAAAAAGGAAAUUUUUCACAACUACAAAUUUGUAAAGUAAUUAUGCGUGUAAUCAGAAAACUACAUCCAAAUACGACCGAUAAAAACAUAUCGGCUCCAAUAAAAAUAUGGCUGGCGCAUGCAAAAGAACGUAUGGGGAGAGAAAAGGAGCAAAAUAGCACAGCAGAGCUGGAAUGAAUGUUGUGUGAAAAUAUAUAUUUUGUUUUUUUGUUCUUGUUAUUACGUUAUGUUAUUGUUAUUAUGUUGCUUUUCAAACGGUUUAUGUAAAGAACUAUAUAGACUGGUCUACAGUUACUGUAGACCUAUUACAACAUGUUAGAGUAUUAUUACGUGCAUGUACGUAUAACAUAUAUAUUUAAUGUUCAUCUAAGAAAUUUAUAUUUUUUUAUAUAUUUUAUGCCUUUUUUCAUGUAAAACACAUACUUGUAUGCAUUUUAAUAUAUUUUAUGUUGUGUCAGGCAUCUUUUUGUAAUAACAAAACUAUAAUUCUAGAAGUUUAUAAGAAAGUAAUAAUAAAAAUAUUUAUUGUAAACAUAAAUAAAAAUAGAGUACAAAUUCAUUUAAUCUCAAUAUAACCUAAUCUAAUACGUAUGCAUGAUAUAUCGGUGACAUACUGGAAAUAUACUAUUAACGUUCUACAGAUAUUCUUAGUAUAUAUCGGGUGCGGUCCAGCGGACCUUACCGACACUUCCCGUCGCUUUCAUUCCUAACGCUUCCACAAGAUCGGUCCAUGAGCACUAUCAAGGUUGCCAAUGCUAUUUCAAUGGACCGGUUUGAAGCAUUGGUAGGAUAAAUGUUUAUGGUCGUCAGUAGCAGACUAACCAACUAGCAGACUUACAUUAUAUUUGCUUUUGUGAAUUAAUUUGGUGGAUCUGUACGAUUGUGCAACUAUAUAAUCUGAAAAAUAAUAUAAUCUAAAAAAGUGGCAUUGUGAUUAUUAAAAAAAUGGAAAAUAAAAUUGCAAUAUUUUAUGCUAUAAACUUUUUCAAACCGCCUGCUGAUUUGUACAGUGAUAUUGACGACGAUAUUGACAUUAUAAUAAACACCAUACUUUCAAAAUCUUCAGUUCGUGUACCUAAACUUGAAGGAUACGUGGAAAAUAUAAUACCAUUGUUCAGCAGUGAACAAUUUAAAUCGCAUUUUCGUGUAACCCCUUCAACGUUUGAAUUUAUUUUAAAUGAGAUUGGAGAGAAACUUCAUCGUGUUACUGGUGGAAGAGAAGUUAUAUCUGCAGAAAAGCAACUUUUAAUAACUUUAUGGCGUUAUGCAACACCAGACUCGUAUAGAUCAAUAAUUCAAAAAUUUAAUGUUGGGAAAGGUACAGCAAUAAGAAUUGUUCGCCGUGUCACUAAAGCACUAUGCGACAUAUCAGAAAGAUGUAUAGUAUGGCUAAAAAGAAAUAUAAUACAAGACAUUGUACUUGGUUUCUCUCGCACAAAAAGCUUCCCUGGCGUUAUCAGAGCCACAGACGGAACGCACAUUGUUAUUCCUGCACCCAAAGAAAAUUCAGAGGCCUAUAUUAAUCGAAAAGGUCGUCACUCUAUUCAACUCCAAGCUGUUUGUGAUCACAGAAUGCGAUUUACACAUAUUUUUGUUGGUAAUGUGGGUUCAGUUCACGACUCGAGAGUUUUCCGGUUAUCAUCAUUGCAACAAUACAUCAAUGAUCCAUCUAGAUUUCCAGAUAAUACGCAUAUUAUCGGAGAUGCUGCUUAUAAAUUACAUAAACAUCUUUUGGUUCCUUAUUCUGACAACGGCCAUUUGACAGAACGGCAGAAAAAUUAUAAUUCGUGUCAUUCUUCCACGAGAAUGGUUAUUGAAAGAGCAUUUGCUUAUUUGAAAGGACGAUGGAGAAGUCUUCUACAUGUUCUGUCAGUAACUGAUACAAAAUUUGCUCCUUCUCAAAUAUUUGCAUGCUGUGUGCUGCAUAAUAUUUGUUUGCUACAACAUGAUGAAAUGAAUGAGUUAAUAAAUGCUGCUCAACAUGAAAAUGAACCAGAAAUAGGAGAAAAAGAUUUAUUGAAUGCAUAAAUAGAACUGUUGCAAUAAACAAAAGAAAUACUAUAUGUGAAAGUCUGUAAUGUAAGAAACGUCUUAAAAAUAAUAUAAACAACUAUUACUUGAUAAA